AAUUAUUAGAAGAUUGCUUUGCCACCAAAUCCAAAGAGAAUAGGUUCUUGCUGAACAAACACCCAACCGCACAUUUCAGACAGGGAAGCAAUAACUUGCAGCUUAGCCGAGAGCCGAGUAAAUGGUGCCUGUAUCUUCUCUGCUGCCCACCAAUGGAAAUCUCCUUCUCUCCUCUCAUUACCCAUCUCUUUCCCUUACUCAUCAUCGCUCUGCAACUAUCCUCAAGUGGGGAUUCAGCAGGGACAAAAACAACAGCUCAGUUACCAGAAGAACCAAAAGCCAAGCUUUCCGAAUCUUGGCAAAUCCUAAUGUGUCAGGGGGGAGAGAUUCAAAAAAUGAGAUAAUCAUGGUUGAUCCUUUGGAAGCUAAGCGAUUAGCUGCCAUACAGAUGCGAGAGUUACAAGCUAAAGAGAAACUCAAGAGACAACGUCAAAUUGAGGCAAUUAAUGGUGCUUGGGCAAUGAUUGGUCUCACGGCCGGCUUGGUGAUUGAAGGUGGUACAGGGAAAAGUAUACCGGAUCAGUUGGCUGGAUAUUGGUUUGCCAUUGUCCAUUUCGUUUUUGGGUAGACAAUAGUAAAUUAUGGAGGAGAAAUUGUGGAGUACCAGAUUCUUUCAUUGAAAUGUUUUUUCAAAAUUAACCUUGUAAUGCAAUGGUUUUCUCUAAUUUCUUGUCACCCAUCUACUCAGCAUUUUAAAUUUACAUGUUCAUAAUAUUAUAUGGCUUUUUUCUUCUUCAGCUUGUUCAUUGAUGUUUUUUCUUGUACGCAAGCAUUUUCUUAUAAGGAACUGCCAGGUGAAACCAACUUUAGAUUUCAUUCAGGACCUCUUUAUUCUGUCUGUAAUUGUUUUAGGAAGGAAUUCUCUAUAGAUUGUAACAUUUGAAACAUCUCUUAUUUGAUAACUGCUAGACUCUUUUUUU